AUGGCCACUAACGCAGCGAACGGCAGCGCCUUCACCCCUCCAGGCCAAGACUGGACCGUGCCCCUGUGGCGAGAUGGACAACAAGUGCAAACGACCAACUCCUUCGAUCUCGUAGCGCCAGCGACAGGCAAUGUGCUGUACAAAGCCUCCUCCGCGUCUGUGGAAGACUGCAAUGCCGCUGUCGCAGCCGCCGAGAAAGCUUUCCCAGCAUGGAGCAAGACCAAGCCUGGUGUUCGCCGAGACUUGCUCCUCAAAGCUGCAGACGAGAUGGUUCGCAGGAAAGAUGAGCUCUGGCAUUUUGCCAAUCAAGAAGUAGCCUCGACCGAUAUGUACUUCGCCUUCGACUUUAACGAUGCUCUGGAAUCAUUGAAGAGCUGCGCAGGUCUCAUUGCAGCGGCUUCUGGACAGGGCUUCGUGCCCGACAUGCUGGACGAGAACAGAAGCGCCAUGGUGGUAAAAGAAGCCUACGGAGUGGUCGUGGCAAUCGCCCCAUGGAACUGUCCUUGCAUUCUUGGGCUACGAUCGUUCCUCGGUCCUUUGGCCAUGGGAAACACAGUCGUCGUGAAAGCCAGCGAAAAAGGCCCCGGAUCAAUGUGGGUACUUAUGGACAUCUUCCACAAGGUUGGCCUCCCAGCCGGCUGCCUCAACACCAUCACCCACAGCCGCGAAUCAGGACCCGAAAUCAUUAGCACCCUCGUCGCUCAUCCCACAGUCCGGAAAAUCAACUUCACUGGCAGCACAGCCGUAGGCUCCAUCGUCGCCAGCCUCGCAGGCAAGCACCUCAAACCCACCCUCAUGGAAUUGGGUGGUAAAGCUCCAGCCAUCGUCUGCGAAGACGCUAACCUCCAAACCGCCGCAGUCCAAUGCUGCGUCGGAUCCUUCCUCUACUCUGGCCAAAUCUGCAUGGCCACCGAACGCAUUCUCGUAAAUGCCAAAGUCGCCGAUGAAUUCCGGCAAGUGCUCUCCGCGACGAUUGAUCAAAUCUUUCCCGACCAGAAUGGUCUCGUCCUAGUGGACAAAGCCCCUGUAGCACGCAACGCAGCUCUCCUGUCCGAUGCCAUCGCCAAAGGCGCUAAAGCACUAUACGGCGACGUGAACGACAAACGAGCUCUUGCAACCGCCAUGCGGCCCGUCAUUAUCGAGAAUGUAUCGAAGGAUUCUGAUCUCUACUAUCAGGAAUCUUUCGGACCGACUGUGAGUCUCUUCAUCGUCGAGAACGACGAGGAAGCCAUCCAGAUCGCCAAUGAUACCGAAUACGGACUCGCAUCAGCAGUGUUUACGGAGAACUUGCAGAGAGGUUUGAGAAUUGCGAGGCAGAUUGAGACGGGAGCAGUACAUAUCAAUUCGAUGAGUGUACAUGAUGAGACGAGCUUACCACACGGCGGAGCGAAGAAGUCCGGGUUUGGAAGAUUCAAUGGCGAGGAAGGGCUGAAGGAGUGGGUACGGUUGAAGACAAUCACUUGGGCUAAUUGA